GCAUCAUUGAUUUCAUGCUUAUUUGCCCAGAGUACACUGGUAAAAACCGCAGGCAUAAAAUAUUUUCUGUCUGAACUAAAGUUACCUCAACUGAUACACCGAUGACCGCACUGAAUCACUGUGCCUGUGUGGUCACAGCUUCUAGCUGUUCCACUGUUAACAUUUGCAUUAUUUUUCAUGCUCUCUUUACUUGUGCACCUGGCACUCAGUAACCACAGUCAUUCUAAAAGUAAUUUUAUUGCUUUUUUGGAGAAGCGAUAUAGACAAUUGCAUGAAAAGUGGGCAAAAGCCAAUAAACUGAACACAGUGACUCAGCCUAUAUCUGUACUUAAUUGUCCGCAAUGUGUUUUGUGUGCAACAUUGAAGGACUGAGAGCACCUUUGAUUCUUCCACUGCUCACUUUCUCAUGUUUACACACGCUGCUUCUCCCAGUUUGUUUUUUCUCACAUAGGUUCAUCAACAAAAAAAAGGCAGAAUUAAUUUUCUUUCCCAUUCUUGAACAUUGAACUUUGUUUAGCUGAAAGGGUGUUUCUCUUCCUGGCCACAGAAGCUCAUUGGUUGAGGGAGCAAAAAGACCACACCCAUAAUCCUUUUUCCAAGUCAGCCAAGGUGCAGAUAAUGUGUCUGCAUGUAGUUAUUUUGUGACAUUCCGUUAAUGUGUAUACUGAACUGAAGUCAAAAUGAACAGACUCUGGUCCUCAGUCAAGUCUCACCCUUACCUCACCAAUGUUGUAGGCUUCACAGCCUUAUUCGCUUCUGCGGAUCUCAUCCAGCAAAGCAUGCUGGGAGGGAAGCAAGGGCAAACUAGUUUUGACAAAAAGCUCACAUCAGACCAAGAGACAACAGGGGAGCGAGGACCUGAAGAAGAAGCAAGCAAUGAGGAACAGAGAGUUUUGCAAGGAACUGAACUGCCAGACAAAAUGAAGACAGGGACAUGGUCUGACAUUGACUGGUCCCAGACAGCACAAGUGGGGCUUCUUGGAUUCUGUUUCCAUGCCAAUUUCAACUACAUCUGGCUGAGGGGAUUAGAGAGGAUGUGCCCAGGUGGAGGGGUGAAAAGAGUGGCAGUGAAAAUACUUCUGGAUCAGCUGAUUGCUGGUCCUGUAACAAUCAGUGCCUUCUAUAUUGGACUCAGUGUCCUGGACAGAAGACGGGACCCGUUUGAAGACUGGCGGGAGAAAUUCUGGACUUCUUACAAGGUUGGAGUGAUAUUCUGGUCCACAAUGCAGGCAGUGAAUUUCUCCCUGGUCCCUCCAGUGGCACGGACUGUUUUUGUGGGUGGCAUCAAUCUUAUUUGGACCAUUUUUCUGUGUCAUCUUCGACAGCAAAAAAGCAUUACUCAUACAAAUGCCUCUACUAAGUGAAGUCAAACACUCUACAAGAUGUACAAAAAAUCAUCUGGACUUCAAUAAUGUUCUUAAUAUUCAUCCUUGAGCCAAGGUUUUGUUUUCUUGGAAUUCUCUUGGAAUUAUAUUACAACAUUUCUUGUGUGGAAUAUGACAUGAAUUGACUGGUUUGGAACAAAAUUAUUUAAAAGACAUUUUAAAAUAAUAUUUCUCGUUAUUGUAUGAGGGAUUCAUGCAGAAUAGAUCAAUAUGUACAGUUCAAUAUGUGCUUCUGCCAAGGAGGUUAUGUAAUAACGUCUGUCCGCCUGUCUGUCUGUUUGUCCAUCAGACAUGUGACAGUCAUUUCUUGAAAUUUAAUGUCCAGAUUGUCGUGAAAUUUGUUGUGCAUAUUCAUGUUCCCAGGAAGAACAAACCUACUGCUUUUGCUGACCCCAUGACCUUUCCUCUAGUGCCACCAUCAGGUCAAAUCUUCAAUUUGUUAUCACCAUAUCUAGAGAAGUAAUGACUGGAUCGCCAUAAAAUUUGCUGUGCACAUUCAUGUCCCCAAGAGGAAGAAACCACUUGAUUUUUGUCACCCCAUAACCUUUCCUCUAGCGCCACCAUCAGGCCAACCAUAUCUCAAAAAGUAAUGAGUGGAUUGCCAAGACAUUUGCUGUGCACAUUUGUGUGAGGGGAGACUGUUGUGCCUUGGUGGAGGUCUGCAUUCAACUCAACUGAAUGUUUUUUUUUCUUCUAGUUUUAGACUGAAUUAAUUAGCUGGACAAACCAGAGGCAUGUCAUCAGUGCUCUUAAAUAAACAAUGUGUCUAUGGA